UCUCCAUGGAUUCUAGCUGCGGCCUCCAAUGGCUCCUCCUCGCCCAAGCCCUUCUCGUCGUAGCUGCCUCAUCUGAUUCCUGCCACUUCCCGGCCAUCUUCAAUUUUGGCGACUCUAACUCUGACACUGGCGGGCUGUCAGCCGCCUUUGGGGCGACCCCGUCGCCCUAUGGCGAGUCCUUCUUCGGCAAGCCGGUCGGCCGGUAUUCUGACGGCCGCCUCCUCAUCGAUUUCAUCGCGAGUAGUCUGGGCCUCCCGUUCCUCAGCGCCUACCUCAACUCUAUCGGCACCAACUUCUCUCACGGUGCGAACUUCGCCACGUCUGGGUCAACGAUCAGGCAGCCUUAUGCCACACUGAGCCAGUCUGGCUUCAGCCCCAUCUCCAUGGAUGUCCAGACUUGGGAGUUCUCCCAAUUUAAGUCUCGCUCCCAAGAACUCAUCCAGCAAGGAUUGUUCAAGGAUCAACUGCCAAAGGAAGAGUACUUCUCUCAAGCUCUAUACACGAUUGACAUUGGCCAAAACGACCUCACGGAGAGUUACUUCAGCAAUUGGACCACUAACGAAGUUAAAUCGGCUAUUCCUGAUAUCUUAGACAAGUUUGUUCUCGCCAUUCAGAGCAUUUAUUGGGAAGGAGGAAGAUACUUUUGGAUUCACAACACCGGUCCUUUUGGCUGCCUCCCUUAUGUUUUGGACCGGCUCACUCUUAAAGCGCCAGAGGUGGAUCGCUUUGGUUGUGGGUCCCCCUUCAACGAAGUGGCCCAGCUUUUCAAUCAAAAGCUAAAUCAGACUGUGAGUCGACUGAGGAAGGAUCUCCCGCUCGGCGUCUUCACUUAUGUGGAUAUUUACUCAAUCAAGCGCGAGCUUUUAAGCCAUGCGCACCAGCAUGGAUUUGAGUUGCCACUUGUAGCGUGUUGUGGGCAUGGAGGAAAGUACAACUACAAUAAAAAUAUCGGAUGCGGAUCGACAGAGACAAGAAAUGGAAAAGAGGUAAUGGUAGGGAAGGCAUGCCAGAAUCCAUCAAAGAGGAUCAUUUGGGAUGGAGUUCACUAUACUGACGCCGCCAACAAAUGGAUCUUUCAACAAAUUAUGGAUGGAAAAUUCUCUGAUCCACCGAUUCCUCUACGGUUGGCUUGUAAAGCGAAGGCAUAAUGAGUCAUUGAUGAGUUUUAGUUUAUUGAUUUUGAAUUGUAGCCGAUCUAGUUAGGAAGCUUGAUAAUUAA